AUGAAGACACAGCCAGGUAAGGAGAGGAAAGCGUUCACCUGUCCACUUCUCCACCUGUUCACUUAUCCACCUAUCCUACAUGUCCACCUGUCCAAUUCUCCACCUCUCCACCUGUCCUUCUGUCCACCUGUCCACCUGUCCACUUCUCCACCUGUCCACCUUUUCACCUGUCCACCUGUUCACCUGUCUACUUCUCCACCUGUCCACUUCUCCACCUGUCCACUUCUCCACUUGUCCACUUCUCCACCUGUCCACUUCUCCACCUGUCCACUUCUUCACCUGUCCACUUCUCCACCUGUCCACCUUUUCACCUGUCCACCUGUUCACCUGUCUACUUCUCCACCUGUCCACUUCUCCACCUGUCCACUUCUCCACCUGCCCACUUCUUCACCUGUCCACUUCUCCACCUGUCCACCUUUUCACCUGUCCACUAAUUAA